CCCUCUCUCUCACCUCUCGCUGCGGUUCGGUUACAAAGGGUGGGGGUGGGCGAGGAAUGGCGGAGAUCGUGUUCAAGACUAUCUGGCAGUCGGAUGAGAUGAGCCAACUGCAGAAGGGCAGCCAGGAGCACACCAGGUCUCGAGGAGACAUGGCCGAAUCCAGCCUGGAGCACGAGAAGAAAGAGAAGAAAUGGCUGUUCACCAAAAAGAAAAAGUCAGUCUCCUUCCAUGGGACAGAGUGCAACAAGGCGGUCGAUGAUGUGCAACUCUCCUGCCCUGAGCUACGCCGGUCCGCUGCUUCCACCAACGUGUCCACCCUCAACCUCUCCUGCGAGAAGGACUCCACGGACAGCAGCGGCAGCUGGGACAUCAGGAAGAUAAACGCACCUCUGGCCACCACUGAGGACGUGAGGGCCAUGUGGUCCAUCCAGCCACUCAGCGGCAGUCCGUGCGUGAACUUCCUGGAGAGCAUCGAGCGGAGCAAGAACGCAGCCAGCGUGCUCAAGGAGUGUACGCGGGAAACUACAGCGUGUUCAUGUACGUGUGCGUGUUCAUGUACGUGUGAGCGUGAGCGUGUGCGUGUUCAUGUGCGUGUUCAUGUUCAUGUUCGUGGGCGUGAGCGUGUUCAUGUACGUGUGCGUGUUCACGUGGGCGUGAGCGUGUUCAUGUACGUGUGCGUGUUCAUGUUCAUGUUCGUGGGCAAGAGAAGUAAAGAGGUGGACCAACACAUGGCUGAGGUUGAGAAUAACAUCGCACGGCAGAAAUCACUCACUAUCGAGGAGAAGCUGAUGAACCUGUGCCAGAAGAUCAAGAGGGACCACCUGCAGUGGCGGGAGAGGCUGGCCAGGGACGAUGACCCCGGCCCGGCGGGCGUGGGGUCACCACUGGUGCCCGCUGGCCCACAGGUCCAGGCGAUAGACCAGAUCGCACGCUCCAUGGGCGACCUCAGGCAGGCACUGGCCGCUCGGCUGAGCGGGGCCAAGGAGGCAGAUAGCCAGGCUGGCCCGGGGACAGACGCUGGCAGAGAGGGGCGAGUGCCCAAUGCCACGGCCACCGGCAGCCAUGGACAAGUGCCCAACAACACAGCCGCGGGCAACAAGGGGCAGGGGCCCAACAACACAGCAACGCGGGCAACAAGGGGCAAGGGGAGCCCAACAACACAGCCGCGGGGGCGGGAGCCCAACAAGGGGCAGGAGCCCAAGCCCACGGGCACGGGCACGGGCAGCUUUGGCCACGUGCCUAACACCGCUGGAAAUGAGGGUCAAGAGCCAAACACCACAGAACUGCCCAGAGAGAGAGUGAGAGGGAGUGUGAGCUCUGGGCUGAGCCGUCACCAGAGCCAGUCGUGGCUGCGUCAGGAUGAGCUGAGGACACUGAGCCAGUUCCAGGGGCGAUUCGAGGAGCUGCAGCUGCAGUGGGAGCGCACGCACAAAGAGCACCAGCGCACUGCACGCAUGCUGCACGACCUGAAGUCUGAGAUAGACACGAUCGCCCACACCUCGAAGAUGCUGUUCUCAGCAUUUGACCAGAUCCAGAAGAACGUCAGCAACCUGAACCACCUCAAGCCGUUGAUCGAAAACAUCCAGAACCUUCUGGAAACCAACAGAAGCCAAAGCAACACCGAGCCAGGGUAUUUAAGCUCCCUGGACCAGAGCUCAGUGCAAGGUGAAGCUCUCCAACACCUGGUGGACCAGGCAGUGCUGCCCCUGGUGGCGAAGAUCCGCAUGUGCCACCUCACCUUCACCUGCAACCAAUGCUGCAGGAAAUGCAAGCUGUCCGUGCCGUGAAAAUGCCUUUAAUUGUAA